AUGGAGUUUAACUCUGGCGGCUACGGAGGUGCAGGAUGCGGUGGGAAUGACUUGGAGCUAUUGUGUAAGACGUUACAAGUGGAGCAUAAGCUGUUUUACUUUAAUCUCAAGGAGAAUCCACGCAGUCGUUACCUGAAGAUAUCAGAGAAGACGUCGGGGACAAGGUCAACCGUAAUCGUACCUUUCAAUGGAAUCUCUUGGUUCUUUGAUAACACCAACUACUACGUCACUUCUGAUGACCAAGAUAUUUCUAGCAAGGAAGUCCAGUUUGAUAGCAAGGUGUUUUACUUUGACAUUGAGGAAAACAGGAGGGGUCGGUUUCUCAAAGUAUCCGGAGCAUCCGUUAGUAGAAACAGGAGUACUAUCAUUGUCCCAGCUGAAAGCACUAGAGAUGAAGGGUGGUGUGCAUUCAGGAACAUCUUGGAAGAAACAAAUGAAGAAUCUAAGCUUUUUGUUCUUCCCAUUCAGGAAAACGGGACAAUCAAUAAAGGUGCAGAGGAAGGGGCAAAUCAGUCAAUUCAUCAAGGUCAUAAGAGUAAAAAGACAUCUGUUGAAACUGAUAAGAAGCAAUCUGAAGUGACUUCAUGUACAUCUAGUAGUAUGAUGGAGGGCCAAGUGCCAAAGGUUGUUCCUGUUGAGUCAAGUAAGAUCCCAGAUGUUGCCUUAGGUUCUUCUGAAAGUGGACAUGUUCCAAUCUUGUUGACUUCCAAGAACACACCUGCAUCAAAGAGACCAUCAGUAUCACCUUCACCAGCUGUAUUGAAGCAUGAAUUCUUAGCAAAAGGGAUUUGA